CCACGUCAGACAUAAGCAAAUAUGCCAAAAAUUUCCACCUCUCGUUCUCACCGUUUCCAUUGUCGCCUUUCUCAAAACACACACGCACCCUAACCAUUUCAUUUCCUCACUCUUCAAAGAAAUUUCACCCGAGUAAGCAAUUUGCAGGGUAAGCAGAACCAGGAGAAAGGAAUGGCUUCAACUUCGGCAGUUUCAAUGGCUGUGCCACUAUCUUAUGCCAGCCAGAAGAGGGUGGUGCCCAGCUCUGAGGCGUUCUUUAAGGCACCGUUGCCUCUGAGGCCAUCAAAGGCUGUGGCAACAUCAAAAGCCAAUGGAAGGCUUCAAGUGAGGGCAUCCAUGAAAGAGAAAUUUGUGACGGGUUUGACAGCAGCUGCAUUGACAGCUUCAAUGAUGGUUCCAGAUGUGGCUGAAGCUGCCGUUACACCUUCUCUCAAGAACUUCUUGCUCAGCAUUGCGGCUGGUGGAGUUGUGGCUGCAGCAAUUGUUGGUGCCGUGAUUGGUGUUUCCAAUUUCGAUCCAGUCAAACGAAGCUAAGAAAAUUCUGAGCCCCACGGGGAUUUCUAGCCUUUCUCUCAUCACCAUAUGUAUCUGUAUUGUUCUUGACUAUUGAACUCUCUUGUGUGUAAUAUCUGACUCUCUCCUCUUGAGCAGAAGCUUUCCAAUUCUUACAAUGUAAUUUCAUUUUGGCGUAUCAACGAAACAUAUUGCUUGCAUGUUUCUGCUA